GAGUCCCAGGAGACACCGGACGGUCCCGCGGGGCACCGAGGCUUGAUCUGCGCCUCGUUCAACCAGGACACCACCUCUCUGUCAGUGGGCACCAAGGCUGGCUACCGGCUCUUCUCAGUCACCGCUGUGGACAAAAUGGACUGCAUCCAUGAGGGAGUGGAGUGUCCGGAUGUGUACAUAGUGGAGCGGCUGUUCUCCAGCAGUCUGGUGGUGGUGGUCAGCCUGUCCAUGCCACGGCGAAUGAACGUCUACCACUUCAAGAAGGGGACAGAGAUAUGCAACUACAGCUACUCCAACAAUAUCCUGUCUGUCAGGCUCAACAGACAGCGGCUGGUGGUGUGCCUGGAAGAGUCCAUCUACAUCCACAAUAUCAAAGACAUGAAACUGCUCAAGACGCUGCUCAACACGCCCUCCAACCCCUCAGGUCUCUGUGCCCUCUCUGUCAACCACAGUAACUCCUACCUGGCGUACCCUGGUAAUCCCACCAUCGGAGAGAUCAUAGUCUACGAUGCCAACAACCUGAGCGCGGUGACGCUGAUCCAGGCCCAUGACAGCCCGCUGGCAGCCCUCACGUUCAACGCCUCAGGCACCAAACUGGCCAGCGCCUCAGAGAAGGGUACCGUAAUCAGAGUCUUCACCAUUCCUGAAGGACAGAAACUGUUUGAAUUCCGAAGAGGGAUGAAGAGAUAUGUUAGCAUCAGUUCAUUGUCCUUCAGCGCAGAUGCCCAGUUCCUUUGUGCUUCUAGCAACACCGAGACGGUCCACAUCUUUAAACUGGAGCAGCACAGCCCCAGUCGAGAGGAGGAGUCCCCCACAUGGUCGGCAUACGUCGGGAAAAUGUUCACGGCGGCCAGCACUUACCUGCCCACUCAGGUGUCAGACAUGAUGCACCAGGACAGAGCCUUUGCAACCGUGCGACUCAACAUGUUCGGCCUGAAGAACAUCUGCGCCCUCACUACGAUCCAGAAACUCCCUCGCCUGCUGGUGGCGUCCUCAGAUGGGCAUCUGUACAUCUACAACGUGGACCCACAGGAUGGAGGGGAGUGUGUCCUCGUCCAGAAACACAGGCUGUUCGAAGGCGAUGAGGAGCCGGCGGAACAGAGGGAAGAGGAGAAGCCAGAGGACGCCGUGUCCCAAACAUCCAACCAAUCAUACGCUGCCACUGUGGCUCUCCCAUCAACCCCGCCCUCCUCCACCACUCUCAUGGGAUACUCUGAGGACGGCGGCGCUCAGAAGGGCGAGGUCAUUCCGGAGCAUGAAUUCGCCGAGGGCCCCGUCUGUCUAGAUGACGAGAACGAGUUCCCUCCAGUCGGCAACCAGAGUAACUGAGCCCCCCUCUUCGGCAACACAAUCAGAUUUGUUUGUCUGGAGCUGGGAGGAGGCACAGAAAUAUUCCAGACGAAACCCCCCCCGCCCCCCUCCGCUUCCUCUUGAACCACAUGUACCCCUGCUGGCCUAGGGUCAAAACCUGCCACAAACAUACGUCCUGUCUCGUCUGUAUGCUGUGUCCCGCUCAAUUUUUGUACUGAAUCAAGGAAAAAAAAAAACACUAGGAGUGGAAGGCCCGCUCUCUGUUUAAAAAAAAAAAAAAGCUUUCUUUCCCCCGUCACCUGAGAAUCAAUCAGAUGCAGUGAAGAGACUUCCAUGGCAUUAACACACAUUAUUCUAAGACUGUGUAAAGAUUUCCACUGUCAGCUCCCUCGUUGCCAGAUACCAGUCAUGCCAUAGAAAUCAGUGUUACCCCUUCUUUGUAGAAACUACCACUGUGUACUACCGCUACGUUUCCUUUGUAGAUCCUUCGACUUUGCUUAGGCCUGACAACAUCAUCUCAUUAUCAUCAUGGUAGCAGCCAGAUGAGGACGUGAUUGGUCCAGCAGAAGGCGAUCAAGGCGCGCUCACCUGUAAACUGUCUUCCACUUUGACAGGCGGGUCUGACCCACAGCCCUUGUAGGAUAACCGGGGGUCGGACUCAUAAAAGUGCUUUUUAGAUGGAUUUUAAUUAGUUGUGGAUUUUUUCAGGAAGUCCCUUAAGUGCGGUUCCCCCUAAUUUUGUUAAGAUAAGCUUAAUCUUUUUACAAACUUCAUUAAUGGCAAUGCAAUGAAGCACAAAAGGGUUAUUUUCCUCCCAGGCUAAAACCCAUAAUACUGCCAUCUAGAUAAUAAUUUGCAGCAACUACUUACGCUGUCUGUAUUUAUGGUUUACUAUACUGUAAUUAACUUGACACCUUUUAGUGAAAGGCCUUUUAAAUUUCUUCUCAUGGGACAGGACACAUAAACCAAAUAAAAAGCGUGACGAGCUCAGCUUCACAAUAAAAUGCUGUGCAUAAAAUGUAAGAUUUAGACAGUAAGGCUAUUAAUUCUCUGAAAUACCUGCUUUCAUAAAUGUUUAAAGAUAUAUUUUAAAGGCUUUACCUUCUCACUGAAGACAUUUAAAGACAUGGAGUGUUUUCUGAAAGUUCAGAAAAAAAUGAACAGCUUUUCUUUUAAUAAUCACACUUAUUUGUAAGCUUUUUUGAAGAGAAAAUAUAACAGAAAAGAUAUCGUAAGAAGGUUUUGUGAGUCCGACCCCAGUUUCCACUUGCAGCAGAGGUCUGACCUGCAGCCCCUUCACAAUGACCAGGCCGGUGCCAGGGUUAGCCGCACACUUACAUGUUGUUUUCUACACAUACUGGCAGUAAUUCAGGGACAUUUCUUCUCUUACAAUACAAAGUGAUUUGUUAAAGUACUUCAAAUGUAAAAUAACUCAAAACGCGUGUAAAGACGACGAUAUAAGCAGAGCUGUCUAGCAAAGCUGAGUUGGAAGAGGAACGGAUGAGACCAAAAAGAGAGCUGGAUUCACAAAAAGUGCUCUUCAGAUAGAUCCUAAGAUGCUUUAAUACGUUCUUAACACUCUUAAGUGCACUUUCCCACCAUUUUCUCUGGAUUCGUCUCAUCCCGUAUGAAUUAUUCUUGGGUUUUUGGGGAAUUUCUCAAAUUGGGGGCUACCAAGCUACCACAAUGUCAACACAUAUAAAAUGACUAGAAACAUUUUCAGUCAUUUACAUAAGCAUGUUAAAUGUGAAAUCCAAGCUGUUAGACUGCAAUGUUGAUAAUAAGUUGAUAGCAUACUAUCAUGUUUUUGUUUUUUUUCUAAAAAGGUAGCACAAGUAGAUCUAAAAGUUCAAACCAAUAAAGGGUAUAUUACUAGGUCAUGCAGAUGUAACACAAACAUGCUUAUUUAAAUGACUGAGUAUACAUUUUGUGUCCUUUUUUGCUUAUUUACUUUGCGGUUUGUGUGGUAGGCCCUCUUUGAGAGGUUUUAAGAAAAAAAAAAAAAAUAACAACUGAGGUUCCUAAGGGAUAUGAUGAAAUUUAUGAAGAUAUUGGGAAAUCGCACUGAGCAGCCGUUUUAAGAACUUGUUAAAAUUUCCCCUGCGAUACAUUAUGGUCUAUCUUAAGAGCAGUGUUGUAUGACCUGCAGAAGCAGCUGGGAUACCAAUUAUGGUAAGUGUGGGUGAUGCUAAAAAUUUAGAGUUACAAAUAGAGCCUGAUAAUAUUACAUCUGAAGUUGGCUGUCCGCUGAGAAGUGAAUUACUUGAUAGGGAGCUGUACAUGAGAACAGGUCCUUGAAUUUCAGUGAUAUGAAUAAGACCUUUUUAUUUACUACAUGAUGCUGAAUAUUGUAACAAUUCAUAGGUAUUUUUACUUUGAAACAUGAUGUACUAAAUAUUCUUUUGGAAUAUGUUGAAGUAUUGCACAUUGACGCAAAGACCUACAGUGCGUACGUAAAUAUUGAGGAUUUUUACUGUGUGUAUAAUGUGUAUAUAAUACAUUUAUAUAUAGUACUAAUGUGAACUUGGUGAGAUCAUCUGACUGGAUUGCCAAAAGGUGGCGCUGUUAGGACACCCUUACUCUGCAGUGAGCUCUUGAGUACUUGAUGAUUUGAGCCAGAGACACAUUAAAGCUGACCUGUCAAUCAA